GGUAAAGUUCGAAUUGUAUUUUUCCAUAACUGCUUAUCAAUAGAAAAUCGCAUAUGGAAAACGUGGGUUUGUCUUUGUGAACUGCGAUGCUUUUAGUCAACAGAUUAUAUGGGGAAGCUAGCGAUUAGUUAUGAUGAAUGUGAGUCCACUGUCUCGCGAUGUAGUUGAAUAAAACGGCUUAACGCUAAAGAUGUUAAACAUCAGCAUGUUUAUUCACUUGGCUUCAAUAAUUGCAGAUAACAGAACAGCAGUGGGAGGACUUAAUUUAUCGGCCUCCGAUAUAAAUUUGCUCAAAAGCUACAUCUAUGACAAUUUUAACUAUGAAAAUGUAACGCGGCAGAUGGAAUGUGAGACAUGUAAUUGGGUCAUCGAGGACAUAGCUUUGAAAUAUUCUCAGACCUACCAUGGCUACAUCGCUAUCACUGUCUGUUUAUUUGGAAUCGUGGCAAAUAUGUUAACAAUAGCAGUACUAACUAGAAAGGAUCUGGCUUCUGCGCCAAUUAACAGGAUACUAACAGGAAUUGCAGUGGCUGAUAUUUUUCUCAUGGUAGAGUAUACAAGUUUCGCGUACUAUUACUACAUUGAACUUCCUGGAAAACUUAAUUUUCCAUACUGGGGAGCAGCUUUUAUAAUUUUCCAUGCGAAUUUUACGCAAAUAUUACACACCAUAUCAAUCUGUCUCACAUUAACGCUGGCUAUUUGGAGAUACAUCGCCAUUGGGUAUCCAGAAAAGACUCACCAAUACUGCACCGAGCGCCGUUGUAGUUUAGCAAUAUCGAUAAGCUACCUACUCCCAGUAUUGCUUUGCGCGCCCACUUACAUGAUACUGGAAAUAAAGUCAACGACCAUUAUGGAAGACCAAGAGUACACAUUAUACCAUACGAGUUUAAGUGACAUGGCUUCAAAAAAUGAGACAUAUCUUCUCCUUAAUUUCUGGAUUUAUGCAGUAAUCAUUAAAUUAUUCCCUUGCUGUUUAUUGACGGUAAUCAGUAUAUGGCUAAUAAGAACCUUGUUCAAAGUUAAAAAAAGAAAGCAGGUGCUAAAGGGGUACAACGCCUGUCCGACGGCGUUUGGCGCAAUUCCCGAAAGCAAAUCGAAAAAUAAAGGAGAACGAAGAGCGGAUAGGACAACGAAAAUGUUGGUUGCAGUGUUAUGCUUGUUUUUGGUAACUGAAUUUCCUCAAGGUUUACUUGCUUUAUACAUGGGAAUACGAGGAAAGUGUGUGUUUUUAAAGUGCUACCAGAACUUUGGAGAGGUAUUGGAUAUUCUAGCACUAUUAAAUGGAAGCAUAAAUUUUAUAUUAUACUGCUGUAUGAAUAGGAUGUUUCGGACAACAUUUGGUCAUUUAUUUCGAUAUAACAUUUUGUAUAAGUGGUCGCCGCCAUCUCAAUCUGACCUUCAUACUACCACGGGGGUAGUAAAUUGUCCAAAUCCCAGUGAACAAAAGACCACCACUUCACUUUAAUAUGAUUUUUCUAUACUAUGUGUUAUAAAUGUAUGUUAUGUAUAAUUUAUAAUUACUGUCAUAAUACAAUACAGGGUACAUGAUACAAUAUGAUUAACUUGAAUAAAAUAAUGUGAUCAAUCUA